UCUGCAGCUGGAUGGAAAAUUCAAAGAUGUCAGAAGAAUUACAGUGGGCACUGCAGAAGACAAUGUUUACAUACUGAAAGGUAAAAAUUUCUCUGUACAAACAAGCAAACAUGCUGCAUUCCCACCAAAAUACAUAAAGAAUACGCUCAAACAUCAACUCCCCCACCUGCUAGAGAAGAUGAAACUGUUGAACUUAGUACUUGGAAUUUCAUUCCCCAAUCCCCCAUUUCUGGGUUCCACGAUGAGAUAACUAUUUAUAAAUCUAUGACUAGAGGAAGCACAGUAACUGGGACCAUCACUCCUAAGACAAAUCUGUCUUCCCAGGCAUUGGUACAUCCUUCUGAGAGCACUAAUGGCACAACUAAGUAA